UGUCGGAAACUCAGAAACGGGGACCUAGGCCUUGUCUCUCUCCGCCAUGUUAGAUUCACCCCGCAGGGAUAGCAGCAGAACUGGCAGCGAACGGGCCUUACGCUGGCCUCUGGCAGGCGCACCCCGGGGGCAGGAAGCUGCCCCACAGCAUGGAGCCACAGGUUACUCUAAAUGUGACUUUUAAAAAUGAAACUCAAAGCUUUCUGGUUUCUGAUCCAGAAAAUACAACUUGGGCUGACGUUGAAGCUAUGGUAAAAGUUUCAUUUGAUCUGAACACUAUUCAAAUAAAAUACCUGGAUGAGGAAAAUGAAGAGGUAUCCAUUAACAGCCAAGGCGAAUAUGAAGAAGCGCUUAAGAUGGCAGUUAAGCAGGGAAACCAGCUGCAGAUGCAAGUCCAUGAAGGCUACCAUGUCAGUGAGGAAUGCCCACCCCCAGCUGUAGCAGAAAAACGACCAGUUCCGAGGGCAGGGAAGAAGCCCCUUGCACAUUAUUCUUCACUGGUGAGAGUCUUGGGAUCAAAUAUGAAGACCCCAGCGGAGCCUGCAGCACAGCAGUUUCCACUUGCUCCAUGUGAUGCAGAGCAGACUCCAGACAAGCCUCCAGACUGGUUCACGAGCUACCUGGAGACAUUCCGCGAGCAAGUAGUUAAAGAAACGGUUGAGAAGCUUGAACAGAAAUUGCAUGAGAAGCUUGUCCUCCAGAACCCAUCCCCAAGCUCCUGUCCCUCAGAAGUCUCAAUGCCUAUUUCAGAGGAAACGCUGUUUUUGCCAGAAAACCAGUUCAGCUGGCACAUUGCUUGCAGCAGCUGCCAAAGGAGAAUUGUUGGUGUGCGUUACCAGUGCAGCCUAUGCCCAUCCUAUAAUAUCUGUGAAGAGUGUGAAUUGGGGCCAUAUGCCCAUGACCCCAACCAUGUCCUGCUGAAGUUGCGGAGACCCGUUGUGGGUCCCUCUGAACCAUUCUCUCACUCAAGGUUCUCUCCUCCUCGUCUUCCUGCUGCUCUGGAACAAGCCAGGCUCCAGAAACAGGUCGACAAGAACUUCCUUAAAGCAGAAAAGCAAAGGUUGCGAGCUGAAAAGAAACAGCGUAAAGCAGAGGUCAAGGAACUUAAAAGGCAACUUAAGCUCCACAGGAAGAUUCAUCUGUGGAAUUCGAUCCAUGGACUCCAGAGCCCCAGGUCCCCUUUGGGCAGACCCGAGAGCCUGCUGCAGUCUAACACCCUGAUGCUCCCGUUGCAGCCCUGUGCCCCAGUUAUGCCAACCCUCAGUGCAGCAUUUGUGGAUGAGAAUUUGCCUGAUGGAACCCACCUUCAGCCAGGGACCAAGUUUAUCAAACACUGGAGGAUGAAAAAUACAGGCAAUGUAAAGUGGAGUGCAGAUACAAAGCUUAAGUUCAUGUGGGGAAACCUGACUUUGGCUUCUACAGAAAAGAAAGAUGUUUUGGUUCCCCGCCUAAAGGCCGGCCAUGUGGGAGUUGUGUCUGUGGAAUUCAUUGCCCCAGCCUUGGAGGGAACAUAUACUUCCCAUUGGCGUCUUUCUCAUAAAGGCCAGCAGUUUGGGCCUCGUGUCUGGUGCAGCAUCAUAGUGGAUUCUUUCCCCCCAACAGAGAGCCCUGAUAACCCUGAAAAGGGUGUGAUCAGCUCAAGCAAAGCUGAUGGUCUUCCCUGCCAACAAGAGGAAGCUUUUCUUCCAGCUAAAGAAGAAAUUCAGCUUAGUGAAGCAGCUGAGCAGACAGAAGGGACAGGAACCUGCAUCCCACAGAAGACAAAAAAUGUCUCCAGCAAGAGGGAGCUCUACAUCCCAUCCGUGGACCUCCUGACUGCCCAGGACCUGCUCUCUUUUGAGCUGUUGGAUAUAAACAUCGUCCAAGAGUUGGAGAGAGUGCCCCACAACACCCCUGUAGAUAUGACUCCCUGCAUGUCUCCACUGCCACAUGACAGUCCUUUAAUAGAGAAACCAGGCUUGGGGCAGAUAGAGGAAGAGAGUGAAGGAGCAGGAUUUAAAGUACUUCCUGAUUGCACAGUGUCAGUAACGAGGAAGCCUGAGAACACUGCUUCAGUGGAAGAAACAGAAGAUGACCUGAGUGGGACCCAGUUCGUGUGUGAGACUGUAAUCCGAUCUCUUACCUUGGACGCUGCUCCAGAUCACAACCCACCUUACAGACAGAAGUCCUUGCACAUGAAAUUUGCCUCGCCUGAAGAGGGACCACUUGGAGACCUGAGGGAGGAGGUUGUCCAUAUCGCUGAGGAAAGAGCUGUCAUGGAGGAGGAGGAAGAGGAGUUCAAAGAUGAAGUUCAGAGCCAGUCCUCUGCUUCCUCAGAGGAUUACAUCAUCAUCCUGCCUGAGUGCUUUGACACCAGCCGCCCCCUGGGGGACUCCAUGUACAGCUCUGCGCUCUCACAGCCAGGCCCAGAGCAAGGGGCUGAAGGCAAUCCUGGGGUUGAGGCUGAGGAGAGACCCCCGGAAGGGGAGAGCCAGCCACAGGGGUACAGCAUCAAUGAUAUCCUCAUGACUUCACAGACUCUGGAUACAGUGCCCCUAACCCCAGAGGUGGUGGGGCCACCAGCACAGCUGCCCAGGAGCCCUCCUUGUGUACAGCAUCUUGGUUCCCCAGGAGUGAAUUUACCAGUUAUCAUACCAGAAGUUUCUUCAGUCCCCGAUCAGCUCAGAGGAGAGCCCAGAGGCUCAUCAGGACUUACAAACAGCAGACAGAAGAGCUAUGACUACUCAAGGCACCACCACCAUGGGAGCAGCAUUGCUGGAGGACUGGUGAAGGGGGCUCUGUCUGUCGCUACCUCUGCAUAUAAGGCCUUAUUUGCUGGGCCACCAGUUAUUGCACAGCCAGUAGUUUCUGAAGAUCAGACAGCAGCCCUAAUGGCCCAUCUUUUUGAAAUGGGAUUCUGUGACAGGCAGCUGAACCUAAGGCUCCUGAAGAAACACGAUUACAACAUCCUGCAGGUUGUGACAGAACUCCUGCAGGUCAACAACAACGACUGGUACAGCCACCGCUAUUGAAGAGUGACCUUGUAUUAAAUAACUUUGCCUGCUGCUCAGAUACGAUCUUUAUUCUGUCGGGAUGUAGGGUAGAAGCCCUCGCUUAUUUUUAAUCUAAUGAGUCUAUGUAGAGCCCAUCAUUGAAUUAUCAGGACAGCGAGUAUCUGUAUUACAGUUUUUUUGGUAGGGGGGUGGGGGAGCAAAUGAAAGACCAGAGUUAAAAUUUCACUUUAGCCAUUGGAUGAGUUGUAGGAAGAUAGUUUUUCAAUUGAUUUGGCUAAAACUUUCUACUUUUUAGUGCAUUAAAGAGUAUAACUUGAACUUCCUAUAGCACCAUUUUUCUUACUGCUUGUAGUGGAGUAUUUUUCUUUGGUUAAUGUAGAUGUUUUUCUGGGGAUAUCUGUUAAUUGUCAGUUUAAAAAAUGUAUCUUGGAAGUUGUUUUCAAGAACUACUCAUAAUUUUCUAACCUACCCCAAGCUUCAUAGUGUGUGGUUUUGAAAUGACAUCUAAAGCAUGAUAGUAAUGUUAUUACUCUUCCUUUCUCAAGGAGAAAGUCAUUUCCCUACAAGACUUAGUAGUUGGCACUGUUAAUUUUCUAAAAACUCCAUUGAUGUGAAGAAUAUCCAUCUUCUGGGCCUCUGCACUUAAGGGAAGGGAGGGGAGAGUGUGCUAAUUAUAAAUUAACCCCCCCAGCACCUAUUGAGCAGUGUCUAAUGUAGUCAUUUAGCAUACAUUCCUUUUAUUUAAGGAAAAAAAUUCAGGUAGUGUGCUAAUCCUAGGGAGAAGGAACGCUUCUAUUAAAGGGAAAAUAAAUUCAACGUUACUCUCUUAUUUUUCUUGAUGUCAGAGCAGAUCUUAUUUACAGUAGAGUGGGGGAAAUAGAAACCUGUGAAGAGUGAAAGGCAGGCUCCUGUGUUAAUCUCACUAAAAGGUUCAGGGCAGGCAGCUGAGUGAGUAGGACAGAGAAUCCUGAUGACUUCUUGAAUGCCUGGAAUCUGUUCAAAGGUAUCUAGCGCUAGAGAGCCUAGAACAGGAAGAAAAGGCUGUAAACCUUGAGGGGGAGCAAACUCACUGAAAAAAUUUGGGUUUAACCCCAGGAUGAGUGGGAAAGAGCUUAUUUCCAGGAACCCAGGUCCUCACUGUGUAUAGAAAGGAGUCUUGGGAACACUUGGUGAAGAGAGAGGUAACAAAAACACUAAAAGAUGUUAUUCACGAAAAUGACUUCCAAAGAAAAAGAACCUGACCCCAGCCAUAAGGGGGGAGGAUAGUAAAAUAGUAUUAUUUAACCUGGUUGGUAUUUAUAAUGAGUCGUGGUUUUUAAAAUCAGUUAUUAGCUAUGGUGUUUAUUUACAGUACAACUCGAGUGAUACUAAGGCAGGAUUCACACUGCAAGCCAGCCAGGCUGUUUCAGUAUCUAAAACGUUUUCUAUCGGGGCUUCUGGGUAGAGGCUGAGCAGCAGGGUGUGUGUUGUUAAUUGGGCUGAUUUCGGGCAGGACCUGUCUUGACCGUCAGGGUCGUAUUGUAGGGGCCCAGGAGGGCCCUGGGGUCCGCUCAUACGUCCACUGUACUUGUAGAUAACCAAUUAAGGAAUGGCAAAAUAAAGGUUCUUUGAAACUUC